AUGUACGAUUUGAGUCUCGUGGACGAAACCUGCAAACAGCUAUGUUUCUGCAGCUUUGAUGACAUCUCACACUGCUCAAUGGAAAUCGUUGUUGAGAGCCUCCAUUGUGGCACAGAGGGACACACAAAACGCUUGCCAUGGACCAAGAACCAGUCGACUAAAGAGACCAUAGGGGGAUCGGAUCAUUACGCAUUGGCUGAACUUGUUAUAACAGUGAAGGAGACUGUCCGAUGCGGCCUCUAUGAGAAACUGCAGCAUCAGGCUUUCACGGUGCACUAUAGCGAUGGAUUUACACAUAGUAAUGCAAACCUUCUACAACCAGAUAGUGCUGCAGUGCAUCUAAUGCCAUAUUUUUGA